AUGGCUGACAAGAUUUCGAUCGACAAAAAGACCUUCUUCAACCAUCUUUCAAGCUUUUACGCAUCAUGGAAGGCUGACAAGCGAUCUGGAAAUGCGCUUUACGGUGGCGCUGAGUCGAUCGUCAUUCUGAUGGGCAAGACUAAGAGCGACGAGAGCUCCUUCCAGAAGAACAAUGCUAUGCAUUUCUGGCUCAUGGGAUAUGAGUUUCCUGCAACGCUCUUCGUCUUGACAACCGAGGCCAUCUACGUGGUCACUACGGCUAAGAAAGCCGAGCUUCUCGAACCCUUGAAGAACGGAAAAAUCCCGGUCGAGCUCCUGGUGACAACGAAGGACCCGGAAACGAAAACAAAGGCCUUUGAGAAGUGUAUCGAUGUUAUCAAGGGCGCUGGAACGAAAGUCGGCACGUUGCCCAAGGACACCACAACCGGCCCCUUUGCCGACGAUUGGAAGCGAGCGUUUUCAGAGAUUUCCAAGGAUGUGGAGGAAGUCGACAUCACACCCGCACUUUCCAGCGCCUUUGCGAUUAAGGAUCCGGAAGAGCUUAUUGCCAUCCGCAACGCCUCCCGGGCUUGCAGUGGUCUGAUGUCUGAAUACUUCGUGGACGAGAUGUCACGACUGCUCGACGAAGAAAAGCAAAUCACUCACAAGGCCCUGGCAGCGAAAGUGGACGCCAAAAUCGACGAUGCCAAGUUCUUCAACAAACUCCCUCGUCUCCCGUCUGAAUUUGAUCCAGAACAAAUUGAUUGGGCUUAUGGGCCAGUAGUCCAGAGCGGAGGCGCCUACGACCUGAAACUCACCGCGACCUCCGAUGGCAACCACCUGAAGCCCGGCAUCAUCCUCUCUAGCUUCGGAAUUCGAUACAAGACCUACAACUCACUCAUCGCACGUACCUAUCUUGUCGAUCCUAGCAAGUCGCAGGAGGCCAAUUAUGCGUUCCUCCUCAAUCUCCACGACACGAUCAUGAAGGAGGUUCGGGAUGGUGUUGUGGCCAAGGAGCUCUACAACAAGGCUCUCGCCCUGGUCCGGUCCAAGAAACCCGAAUUGGAGAAUCAUCUGACCAAGAACGUCGGUGCCGCCAUUGGUAUUGAACUCCGUGAUUCCAACAUGAUCCUUAACGCCAAGAACAACCGGGUCCUGAAGAACGGUAUGACCCUGGCCAUUACCGUUGGCCUGACCGAUGUGAAAGACACCGAUUCCAAGUCCAAGGGCAACGAUGUGUAUUCUAUGGUCAUCACAGACACUGUGCGUGUCGGCGAGAGUGGACCGCAUAUCUUCACCAAGGACGCUGGAAUUGACAUGGACUCGGUCUCGUUCUACUUUGGGGACGAGGAAGAGCCCGAAAAGCCUGUCAAGGAAAAAAAGGAGGCCAAAUCCAGUGCUAUCGCAAGUCGAAAUGUCACACGCACCAAAUUGCGUGCCGAGCGGCCGACUCAAAUCAACGAAGGUGCCGAGGCCCGUCGCCGGGAGCAUCAGAAGGAGCUCGCCAAUAAGAAGACCAAGGAAGGUCUGGACAGAUUUGCGGGCACUACUGGAGACGAGAAUGGUGUCGCAAAGAAGACGUUCAAGCGCUUUGAGUCUUACAAGCGUGAUAACCAGCUACCCCCCAAGGUCAAGGAUCUGAUCAUCUACGUUGAUCACAAAGCCUCAACGGUCAUCGUUCCGAUUAUGGGCAGACCAGUUCCCUUCCACAUUAACACCAUCAAGAACGCGAGCAAGAGCGACGAGGGUGAGUAUGCAUACCUUCGCAUCAACUUCCUCUCUCCUGGACAGGGUGUUGGUCGUAAGGAUGACCAGCCUUUCGAAGAUCCUUCUGCACACUUUGUCCGCAAUUUGACCUUGCGAUCCAAGGACAAUGACCGCCUUGCCCAAGUGGCACAAGACAUUACCGAACUGCGCAAGAAUGCAUUGAGAAGGGAACAGGAGAAGAAGGAGCUGGAGGACGUGGUUGAGCAGGAUAAGCUGAUUGAAAUUAGAAAUCGACGACCCGUCAAGCUUCCUGAUGUUUACCUGCGUCCACCAUUGGACGGAAAGCGUGUUCCUGGAGAGGUUGAAAUUCAUCAAAAUGGUCUUCGAUACAUUUCACCGUUCCGCAGCGAACACGUGGACGUACUUUUCAGCAAUGUGAAGCAUCUUUUCUUCCAGCCUUGCGCUCACGAAUUGAUCGUUCUCAUUCAUGUACAUCUUAAGACCCCGAUUAUGAUCGGCAAGCGAAAGACGCGGGAUGUGCAAUUCUACCGCGAAGCUACCGAGAUGCAGUUCGAUGAAACCGGCAACCGCCGCCGCAAGCACCGAUAUGGUGAUGAGGAGGAGUUCGAGGCUGAGCAGGAAGAACGACGACGCCGAGCUGCGCUGGACCGUGAGUUCAAGGCAUUCGCCGAGAAGAUCGCGGAUGCUGGCAAGGACGAAGGCGUGGAUGUCGAUAUUCCUUUCCGAGAGAUUGGAUUCACGGGUGUGCCCAACCGUUCCAAUGUGCUGAUCCAGCCCACUACGGAUGCUCUUGUCCAGCUCACGGAGCCACCAUUCAUGGUAAUCACACUCAAUGAGAUUGAGAUUGCUCACUUGGAGCGAGUGCAGUUCGGUCUUAAAAAUUUCGAUCUCGUCUUUGUCUUCAAGGAUUUCCACCGAGCCCCGGUCCAUGUCAACACCAUUCCCGUCGAGGCUUUGGAAGGUGUCAAGGACUGGUUGGACUCGGUUGACAUUGCCUACACCGAGGGUCCGCUGAACCUGAACUGGACCACGAUCAUGAAGACUGUGGUCAGCGACCCAUACGGUUUCUACGCCGAUGGAGGCUGGUCAUUCCUGGCUGCUGAAUCGGACUCCGAGGGUUCCGACGAAGAGGAGGAGUCAGCCUUUGAGCUCUCCGAAUCCGAGCUUGCCGCUGAUGAGAGUUCCGAGGAAGAUAGCGAGUACGAUGAGGAUGCUAGCGCCGACGGCAGUGAAGAGGAUUUCAGUGGCGAGGACGAAGAAAGCGGCGAGGAUUGGGAUGAGUUGGAGAAGAAGGCAAAGCGCCAGGAUAAAGAGGCGCGUAUGGAAGAAGAUGACCGUGGUACCAAGCGAAAGCGCUAG